GGCUCACAAAGACUUUUUGUCUCUCACGCAGCACCAAGAAGCUAUGUGGAGUCUGUGGCGAUGUCGGCAUCAACAGGCGGAGAGCAGCCGUCACCUCGGAGCCUCAGCCCCCCCGGAGAGACUGCAGCCCAGCAGAGAAGCCCCUCCUCCCACUCACUGAACCCCCCUCUGUCCAGCAGCAGCCCCAUCCAGAUUUCACAGAGUGAUCACCUCUUAGUAGAGAGCAGCGUUAGCACUCCGUCCUACCCCACUACUGAUUCCGGCUUCCGCUCCCAGGCUACAGAGAGCGCCUACCCCACUCUCACCCCCUCAUACCAAACCCCCACCUCUUCCUACCUGAAUUCCAGCUCUCCGACCUCUUCCUACCUUGGCACUGCAACCCCUACACAAUCCUACCAUGGCGCCAACACCCUACUGGGGAGCUACGUGUCCUCAGACCCCAGCCCCCCCGCCUCAGAACCCUCCCUCAGCCAUGGAAGCCCCCAUGCACAGCACAGGAACGUCCUCAUUGGCUCCCCUUACAACCCCCUCCUCCAGCAGCGCUCAUAUCCUUAUCAGGACGCUUCCAUCGUAGUCCAGCAAACAUCCCCGGCUAACGGCUUCGAUGUGGGGAUGGUGGGCCUCAGUGGAAGUCCCAUCCUGGGGGGUCGUCUGGCGCAGGGGGCUCAGAGCAGCCCGGUCCUCACCAGACAGGCCUCGUUGGGUCAGGGGUCCCAGCAGAGCCCGGUCCUCGGCAGACAGCCGUCCCUUGGCCAACCCAUGCAAGGUAGCCCCGUGCUAAGUCGACAACCAUCCAUCACCCAAGGGAGUCCAAUUUUGGGGCGUCACCCGUCUGUAUCGCAGGUCUCCCAGAGGAGCCCCAGUCUGGACCGUCACCCCAUGCACAGCGGGUACACCACCCCAGAUGAGAGGCACGGGAACCUGUCACGGCAAAGCAGCUCCUCGGGGUACCAGGGACCGCCCACGCCUUCUUUCCCAAUCUCUCCCGCAGGCUACCAGGAGGGGGGCAUGAUGGGGAUGGGGGUAGGGUUCCGGCAGGGCAGCCCAUCUCCAGGGUUCCAGCCCCAGCUUCCAGAGAAGCGGCGCAUGUCGAGCGGCGACAGACCCAACGGAGCGCAGUCCUACGGCACGCUGAAUGGGAAGAUAAUGUCCCCAAUGAGUGGAGGAAACAAUCCCGGCUACUUCCACACCCUCUCUGACUUCUCGAGGUUCAACAUGCCCGAUGGCAGUCCCGAGAGCAGGCUGAAUGUCAAGUUUGUCCAAGACACGUCCAAGUUCUGGUACAAGCCAGACAUUUCCAGGGAGCAAGGUAAGAUGCUGAAAAACGUUCUCCCUUAACUGACCUUUAGACAA